AAAAGUCAGUUUUAUAUCAGUGCUAUAACACAAGAGUAACCAAUGACUAUUUUGUGCAAAACAUCCGAUUAAGAUUUUAAUUUUUGAAGUUUUAAUGUUUGCUGAAUCAAUCCUAAAGAUUCAAGAGAUAAUGUCAAAUCUAUUGUCAGCUUUAGUUGUUCUCUUUGAUUUUUGGUAACUUAACCUUUGUAUCUUUCUUCCUCAAAGCCCUCCAGUGUUUUUCUUUUCUUCCUUCUCCGUUUAAUUUUGGACUCCUGUGACAUGACGAGUUUUUUGUUUUUAUAAUAUUGCGCAAAAUAAGAUCAUUUUGGGGGGUUUAUGCCCCCAACACUGUGCAGACAGUACUUCAGACAUGGCUCUAAAUCGACCGAGAUGUACGAUUUCUUCGUUCAAAGCUCGUAUGAUCAAAUUCUCUCAUUUUCCAAACACGUUACAUGGUGAAGCGCUGAAUUGUGGCCGUUUUUAUGUAAAGUGAAAGCCAGACGCAUGAGGUUUGGGGUGAUUCUCAGUCCGUAAGGAGAUGCAGGCGAGCAGGCAGGCAGGAGCCAACAGGAAAGCCGUCUGUUCUCGGGCUAACUCGUUAAUCAAGCUUGCGCCAGCUGGCUUCUGAUUGGUCCAGCCGGGAGAUGCGAAAUGCGCGCAGCAGGCUGUGUGGAGAUGACAACCUGGGAGCCAGUGCUGAACCGUGUGGUGGAGACUGGAGGGGGACGUCUGUUUGGUUGUCACUGAAAUUGCCCACCGAUCUUAAAGUGGAAAUCCAUUACUCUGGAGGAAUAAUGAACUGCAGGAGUGCGUGCUGUAACCACUGGUCAUCUGAGGAGAGGUUGGAUGGGAAAACAGUGAUCAUCACCGGAGCCAACACCGGUAUCGGCAAAGAAACAGCCAGGGAUCUGGCAAGAAGAGGCGCCCGCAUCGUUAUGGCGUGCAGAGACAUGGAGAGGGCCGAGGAGGCGCGGACCGACAUCUUGGAGGACACAGGCAAUGAGAACAUCAUCAUCAGGAAGCUGGAUCUGUCCGACACAAAGUCCAUCAGGGCUUUUGCUCAAAUUAUUAACAAAGAAGAAAAGCAAGUGAAUAUCUUAAUAAACAACGCAGGCAUCAUGAUGUGUCCUUAUUCCAAGACUGUGGAUGGCUUUGAAAUGCAGUUUGGAGUUAAUCAUUUGGGUCAUGUCCUCUUAACCUACCUGCUGCUUGACCUCAUCAAAUGUUCUGCUCCGGCCCGCAUUGUAGUCGUGGCAUCGGUGGCCCACACUUGGACUGGCCUUCGACUUGAUGACAUCAACAGUGAAACGAGUUAUGAUGCUAUGAAAGCUUACGGACAAAGCAAACUGGCUAAUGUCCUGUUUGUACGCUCUCUUGCCAAACGGUUACAAGGAACUGGUGUCAGUGUCUUUUCUCUGCACCCGGGGGUGGUCCAGUCUGAUCUGUGGCGACACCAGCACCAGUGCAUACAAGUAGCAGUGAAGAUCUUCCGGAUUUUUACCAAGACAACAGUGGAGGGAGCACAGACCACCAUCUUUUGUGCUGUGGAACAAGGCCUGGAGAGCCAGAGUGGAAACUAUUUCAGUGACUGUGCGCCUGCACGCUGCUCAAGGGCUGCUGCUAAUGAUGACUUGGCCCAGACGUUGUGGGAGGUGAGCUGCGACAUGCUUGGCAUCACCUGGCAGUGAAGAGCAGCGGUUUAACUAUGUGUUAUACAUAUCACAUGUCGAAAGCACUGUUAUGCACUUUUAUGAAUCCUUGACUCGUUUGAAAAUUUUGGCUGUUCUGAGUGAAGUUGAGUGUGAUGUAACGAGGACUACUCUAAGUUUUUCUUUCAUUUUCUGUCAACAAAAAGAAAUCACAUGUUGUAUUUAAUCAGCAUUUGCGGAAUUAUAUCUGAUGUAAAACCUUUUUAAAGCAUUCCAGAUACAUAGAUUUUCUAAGUAUUUAUUUGUACUAAAACGGUGCUUUGUCAUGAGAAUAAGUUAACCAGUAUGUUAUGUUUUAAUUUAGUUGAAUAAGACCUGAGCUGCUAAAGUCAUUACAUGCUAUUGCUGUUUCAUUUUACAAGUCUUUAUUACUAAGAUGGAAUGUAGCAUUUGCUUAGCUAUAUUGCAACAAAGUUUGAACAAACUCAAAAAUGCUGUUAUAAGGCUAUUUACUCUGUAUUUUUUUAUUUACAUCGUUUACAUGUAAGUUGACUUCAAAGAAGAUUCUGUGAACUGUUACUUAAAGGUGUUACUGAUGCUAAUUCCUCAAUAGUUACGUACACAAAUAGUCUAAUUUUUAAAGAGUCAGCGAGGAUAGAUUCCCCUGCGGAUGGAACGCGCUGAAAAUCUUCCUUUGUUAGAAUCCUUGUUCCCUUUGUAAGGCUCUCUGUACAUCUAUCGAUCAGUAAAAAUCCAAUCCAUGUAAACAGUUUUAUAUUGAA